AAUGGCUUUCCGCUCUAUUCUCGCUCUCGCUACUGUUGCCACUGCUGUCAGUGCACAGUCGUUAAACGUUGUUAACUCUUGCAGCGAGUCCGUCCUGCUCUUCACCCAGACCUCCUUCGGUACCAUCGACAACAAUGUUGUCGUCGCUGCCGGUGCCAGUGCCAACAUGGGGAUCAGCUCCAACUGGGAUGGUGCUGUCAACGUCGGUACUGGAUGCACCAGCGAUGGAUCUUCCUGCACCACCGGUGCUCCCACCUGGGACGGUUCCACCCCUUUCAGUAGGGCUGAGUUCAACUUCUACGCCAUCCCCGGAUCAGUCACUUACGACAUCUCCUUGAUCUACGGUUAUAACGUUGGAAUGGAGAUCUCCUCCGCUGACGCCAGCUGCGAUGCUUACGCUUGCACCAUCAACAACUGCCCCCUUCCCGGACCAGGAUCAGACACUUGCUACUCCCCAUGCUGCUCGUCAGCUAGUGCUUGCUCUGGAGGUGCUCUUCCCGCUGGUGGAGGAGGAUGUGUCAGCAACGCUGGCCCUGGCCCCAACUCUGCCUUCUACUACACCACCUGCCCCAACGCAUACGCUUUCCCCGACAACGAUGGUGCUGCCGGCUACACCCCCGCCGACAACGUCGACUACACUUGUAGUAACGCCGCCAUCACCCUCACUCUCUGCCCCGGUACCACCUCUAACAUCCCCAAGAGGAAGUAAAAAUGUGCCUGAUCUUUGGCUAAUUUGGGAUUGUGAUUGUAAAAAAACCAGGGGAAUCCGUAGUAUAGUUUCUGGUAUUUGUGGGUUUAUAAUUUGGUUU